CUGUAUUUCUUUCACUUUUGCUUGCCCUCGAACCUUUUAAAAUGUUCCCCCUUCUCUGUGAUUCGUCAGACGCGAGAGAAUGUCCCCUCUUUUUGUCUCUCUCCCUCUCUCUCCCCCUCUCUCUCUCUCUCCAUCUCUGAUUAGAUACACUGAUUCUUCAUUCAAUGGACGUCAUUUAGUACAGACUCUGCCUUGAGUUGCUUCCUCGCUUCACGCUCGAUUUCCGACCAUUCUUCCCUUAUUAAGUAUUCGUGUAAUAUUAAUAGUCAUGAAUAUCUGCUAUUAGGGAUCCAAGAGAGGAACCAGAUCUCUGCUAAUAUGAGCUCAAGUGAGGCAGCAGCUCAGUGAUAGAGCGGGAAGACAGAAGAAGGAUAUAAGAAAACUUUAAAUAAUAAUCUGCAGGGAAACAAAAUACUGCAUUUCUAACCCAAAUGAAGGGCGGCAGGAAUUUAACCAAAUUCUGAUGGAUUAUUGUGCUUCGGAGGUGCAUAUAUGAACAUUGGCGCUGUGAUCUUGCAGUAGUGUUGAUCUGGGCUUAUUUUGUUUGUUCUAUUUAUUUUUACUGCUUUAUCUCGUAUUUUUCUGAAAUUCUUACACCUUGAAUUGUUCGAACCGCUUCGCAGAUGUUAGUGCACAGUUUUUCAGCGAUGGAUCGUCACGACGGGACCGGCAAUGGGACGGCGCGGCUACCCCAGCUGGGGAGCGUGGGUCAGUCGCCUUACACCAGCGCCCCGCCGCUCUCCCACACCCCCAACUCCGACUUCCAGCCUCCGUAUUUCCCCCCACCGUACCAGCCGAUCUACCCCCAGUCUCAGGACCCUUACUCGCACGUCAACGACCACUACUCCCUGAACCCACUGCACGCCCAGCCUCAGCCACAGCACCCGGGCUGGCCGGGGCAGAGACAGAGCCAGGAGAGCAGCCUGCUGCAUCAGCACCGCGGGCUGCCCCAUCAGCUGUGUAGAGAGUACCGGAGAGAAGUCCUCCUACCGGGGGGUCACGGACUAGAUUCUGGACUGACGGACUCUAUCCCCAUCCACGGAAUACCUCAUUCUUUAGAAGACGUGCAGCAUGUUGAAGAUCAAGGCAUUAACAUCCCAGACCAAACUGUAAUUAAGAAAGGUCCCGUUUCCUUAUCCAAGAAUAACAGCAGCGCCGUCUCCGCAGUACCCAUCAAUAAGGACGGUCUUUUCGGCGGUGUGGUGAACCCCAACGAAGUGUUCUGUUCUGUUCCGGGUCGCCUGUCUCUCCUCAGCUCCACAUCAAAGUACAAGGUCACAGUGGCGGAAGUGCAGAGACGUCUCUCACCGCCUGAGUGCCUCAAUGCGUCUUUGCUGGGAGGAGUAUUGAGGAGAGCAAAAUCUAAAAAUGGGGGGAGGUCCUUAAGAGAAAAGCUGGACAAAAUCGGAUUAAACCUGCCGGCAGGUAGACGCAAAGCCGCGAAUGUUACAUUGCUGACGUCACUAGUGGAGGGAGAAGCCGUGCAUCUGGCCAGGGACUUCGGUUAUGUGUGCGAGACAGAGUUCCCAGCCAAAGCUAUAGCUGAAUACAUGAACCGUCAGCAUUCCGAUCCAAACGAACAAGUCCAGCGCAAAAACAUGUUAUUGGCAACAAAACAAAUCUGCAAAGAGUUCACAGACCUGCUUUCCCAGGACCGAUCGCCCUUGGGGAACUCUCGACCACAGCCGAUCCUUGAGCCAGGGAUUCAAAGCUGUUUGACCCAUUUCAGCCUAAUUUCCCACGGAUUCGGAACCCCUGCGAUGUGCGCCGCGCUCACGGCGCUACAGAACUAUCUCACAGAGGCUGUAAAAGCUAUGGACAAAAUGUACCUCAACAAUAACCCCAACAGCCACACAGACAACGGCACCAAAAGUGGAGAUAAAGACGAAAAACACCGAAAGUGAUCCCUUUUUUUUCUCCCCAGAAAUAUAAAUAUUAUAAAUAUAUUAUAAAUAUUACUGACCCAGGAAAAAAAAAAUGCGACUCGUCACUUCCUGCUCUCGCGAUUUUACAAGUUUGUUUCUACCGACACGCACCCACGUUGGGAAUUGAUGGGGGGGAGCGACGCCUUUUUUUUUUCUGCUUCCCUGCUUUUUAAGAAUGACAGAAUAAACCGAAACGAGAAAAGGAGCCGUUCGAUUAAAAACAAACAAACAAACAAAAAAAAAACGGUCCCGGCAACUUUGUGGACAUCUUAAAAUGUACUCCAGCCCUCCCCUCCCCACCUCACCUCACCCCGCUCUGUAUCUCCUUUUUUUAAAAAAAAGAAAGAGCUGCAUCGGACUGGAGCACAGCAACCCUUAUAUAACACGCAUUUUCGAUUGUAGCCACGUGAGAAAGGAGGGAAAGAGGAUGAAUUUUUAUCAGUAUUGUGAAUAAUAAACUUGAAAGAAAAAAACAAAUCACAGAGUUCCAUGUCAUGACUUCAGUUCUAGACUUUUCACUCUCCCAAAGGUAAAGCGACCGACUUGAACUUUUGAAUUCAACACGAUUCGCGUUUAUAGAAGGGAAUCAGUGUUCAUGUAUGUAUAUAUUUAUUUAUGUGUAAUUUAAUGGGAAUUGUAAAUAUGGUGCGUCUGUUGAAACCCUUUUUUUAAUUUAUCUGGUGAUCUCGUUUGCCUCCUGUUUAGUGGGUUUUAAUAUUCAGUUAGUUCAUCAUGUGAUUUUAUGGUACUUAGAAAACAAGGUUGGGGCGGGGGGGGGGGGGCUCUUUCUCUGGGGUAUAUGAAUUUUACCCUCUUGUAGCAUGUUGAGGCGACGCUUAAGCAACUGAACAAAUUAAGCAGAAAUAAACUUCCGUUUUCUCUCACUAUAUAUAUCAUAUAUCAUUCUUAUUACAUUCAGUUUAUGUUGACCGGGGCACUCGCGGAGCCCUGGCAAAUUUGAACUGUUUUGUGUUUUUAUUUUUAAAUACAAACCUUUAUGUGUUGUGCCAAGAAAAAAAAAAAGUUUCACCUCCUGUUCUUCCCUUGAAGCAACCGUAAGAGCAAUAAAUUGAUAUUGUCUUUUGAAAAAGAAAAAAAAAACACAUUUUUUUUUUGUUUAAAGAAGUUCAAAACGUUUGGAACCACCCAAUAUUUUGUAUGUCCAGUGUCCGGAUUGGAGGCGGUUUUAGUUGUAUUGUAUAGAGCUGUACUGGCAAUAGUUCCCAUGCCUGUCAAUGUAUCAUAGUCCUUUGUUGCCCAGAUAAAUAAAUAUUUGAUACGCUUUA